AUGUGGGCCAUCGCCGGCCCCAACUACAACAGCCGGUUCAACACCUUUUGCGCAAACGUGCUCGCCGAGACGCGCAGCUGGGACAACUGGGAGGCCGUCAAGGGGCUCGGCUACCCGAGCUAUAAGUACAUGGACUAUGACUGCCAGAGGAAGUACCAGGCGGACCCCCGGGCGCUGACGACGCUGUGCGAUUGCCAGACGCGCGGGUCCGUCACGAGCCCGGCCGGACAUCCGUUCAGUGGCGUGUGGUGUAGGCAGCAGUACUCGCGGUGCCGUCCCGACUAA